AUGUCAUACGCUACCCUUCCACACCAGCCAACUAUCCCCAUCCGCCCCUUCUCGGUCUCCAUCCCCGACAGCGAUAUCCAAGAUCUCCACUCUCUCCUAAAGUCCACCAGGAUUGCCAAACAGAGCUAUGAGAACGCUGAAUCGGCUGCCAAGGUUAACAAUUUUGGCGUAUCAAGGGAAUGGCUGGUCAACAUGCGAGACGAGUGGCUCAAUUAUGAUUGGCGAAAGGAGGAAACUCGUAUCAACUCUUUUCCUGCCUACAUCGCAACUCUGAAGAACAAGGACGGCUUGGACUAUGAUAUCCAUUUCACAGGCCUCUUCUCGCAGAAGAAAGAUGCAGUUCCGAUCAUCCUUUCACAUGGCUGGCCUGGAACCUUUCUGGAGUUUGUUCCUAUCCUGGAGCUGGUUCGAAAGCAGUACACGCCAGAGACCCUUCCGUAUCACCUGGUAGUCACCUCGCUCCCCGGAUGGAUCUUCUCCAGCCCACCCGCCCAGGAUAGAGAAUUCGGCGUCAAAGAUGUUGGGUAUCUCUGGAAUGAGCUCAUGGUCGGGCUCGGGUUUGGCGAUGGGUACAUGUCACAAGGCGGGGAUAUUGGGAGCUAUGUUACGAUGGAGCUGGGGUCGACUUAUGACCAGUGUAAAGCGAUCCAUCUCAACUACCGCCAUGUCCUCCACAGUGUACCCCCCGACGCGCCCCCCUCAGACAUCUCUCCACCACCCCCUCCAUCCACCGAACGCCUAUUCGAGCUCUUUCAGAACUUUGGCUAUUUUCUCGAACAUGCCACACGUCCGUCUACGAUUGGGCUGGUAGCAGGAUCCAAUCCGUUGAGCUUGUUGGCGUGGAUCGGGGAAAAGUAUGUUUCGUGGACGGAUGAGACGCCGGGUGUGGACACCAUCUUGGCGUUUGCGAGUUUGUAUUGGUUUACGGAUUGCUUUUCCACCAGCCUGUACACUUAUCGAUACGGUGCCGGGAUCAAAAGGAAAGAAUCGCGCGCAGAGCACGAGUACCAGAGUUGCCCUACCGGCUUUAGCUUCUUCCCGAAAGAGUUCGUCCCCGUGUCAUUAGAUGUCGUCAAGGCUUCAAACAACUUGGUGUGGUAUAAGCAGCACGAUGCGGGCGGUCACUUUGCGGCUCUUGAGAAACCUGACGUUUUGUGGGCGGAUAUCGAAGACUUUGUUGGUACCCAGUGGGAAAAGUGUUCGAGGAAGACAGGUCGGGUAUGA